AUGGCAAACAAUGUUAAUGGCUUUUGGUGUCAUGGUGAUCAAUUCUGUGGUUGCUUUUCCAAGGUUGGUCUUGGACAAGUCAAGAGACUGGUUUUCACAACUACUUGCAUAUUCUUCUUUUUCUUCCUUUUUGCUGCUGCCCUAGUUCAUUUGAUGUAUGUGCCUAUUAUACAGCGCAAUCCACUUCCCCAGAUGAUUUCUUCCCCACAAAGUAGUACCACAAAACACCUGACAAGAAUUGAAAAUCUUUUAAACUGCUCUUAUUUAGGAUUGCGACAGAAUUGUCCUAACAAUAAUUCAUCGGUAUUUAAACCUGAUGAAUUGUCAACCAAAACAUGUCCUGACUACUUCCGAUGGAUCCACAAUGAUUUACAACAGUGGAAGAAUUCUGGAAUUACUAAAAACAUGAUUGAAACAGGAAAAUCGAGUGCGGAGCUCAGAUUAGUCAUUGUCAAUGGUGAGGUCUUUUUGGAGAAGUUUGGCAAGCCCUAUCAAACUAGAGAUUUGUUUACAUUAUGGGGUAUUUUGCAACUAUUAAAGUUCUACCCUGGAAUGCUACCAGAUUUAGACCUUUUGUUCUUUACUGGAGACAAGACAAUGAUCAAGAAAAUAGACUACCAAGAACCUAAUUCUGCAUCACCACCACCAUUGUUCCAUUACUGCGGAGAGGAGGAUGCACUCGACAUUGUGUUCCCUGAUUGGACUUUCUGGGGAUGGCCUGAGGUUAAUGUAAUGCCAUGGGAGCAAAUGCUAAGUGCAAUAAAGAAUGGCAACAAGAGGAUCAAGUGGGAAAAUAGGGUACCUUAUGCUUAUUGGAAGGGCAAUCCAUAUGUUUCUUUAGAAAGGAAAGACCUUCGGAAAUGCAAUCUCUCAGAUAAAUACGACUGGAAUGUUCGUCUUUAUAAACAAAAUUGGAGCAAAGAAAAUGAAGAAGGGUUCAAACAUUCCAAAUUGGAAGAUCAAUGCACCCACAGAUAUAAAAUUUAUGUAGAAGGAGUAACAUGGUCUGUAAGUGAGAAAUACAUACUAGCAUGCGAUAGCAUGACCUUGAUGAUAAAGCCUCGAUACUAUGAUUUCUUCUCGAGAAACAUGGUGCCAAUGCAGCAUUACUGGCCCAUCCGCAACACAAACAAAUGCAGAGAUCUAAAGUUUGCAGUUGAAUGGGGCAAUAAUCACCCUGACAAGGCACAGGCUAUUGGGAAGGCAGGAAGCAGACUAAUUGAAGAGUUUCUGACAAUGCGAAACAUAUAUGAUUAUAUGUUUCAUUUGUUGAGCGAAUAUGCUAAGCUCUUGAAAUUUAAACCGACAAUACCUUCAAAAGCCCAAAGGGUCUGUUGGGAAACCAUAGCAAGCUCAAAGAAAUUGAAAGGUCCAUGGAAGGAGUACAUGGAGCAGUCGAUGGUGAAGUCCCCAAGUGAUAAAAUUCCAUGUGCAUUGCCUCCCCCAUAUGAACCUCAAGUUGUUCAAGCUUUUCUCGACACAAAGGAGAAAAUAACUAGGCAAGUGGAGGUGUGGCAGACUGAAUAUUGA